AUGGAAAAAUUACCAGCAAUCGAGUUGUUAUUACACUUCCUCUGUUUGUUAAUCUUAGUUUCAGUUAGAAGCAGUAAUGGCCACUUGAUUAAUUGCUUGGCCUCUGAUGGAGAAGCUCUCAUGGAUUUCAAAACUGGGCUUCAAGAUCAUGGGAAUGUGUUAUCUUCGUGGAGGGGCAGAAACUGUUGUCAAUGGCAUGGAAUACAGUGUGACAACAAUACAGGUGAAGUGGUUACAAUUGAUCUCCAUAACCCAUUUCCAUAUCCUAUGCCGCCUUCAUUUAGCAGGUAUGGACCCUCCAACUUGAGUGGUGAGAUAAGACCAUCUUUGAUGAAACUCAAGUCACUAAGGCAUUUAGACUUGAGUCUUAACACUUUCAAUGGCAUACCAAUUCCUCAAUUCUUGGGAUCACUUAAGAAUUUGGAAUAUCUGAACUUGUCACAUGCUGGUUUUGGUGGCCUCAUUCCUCCACAUUUGGGAAACCUGUCUCGUUUGGAAGUUCUUAGUCUGAAAAACAACGUCCUUGAUUUGGAUGGUUACUUAGAUUUUCAUGCUUCUGAAUUACAUGUUGACAAUUUUCAGUGGAUCAGUGGUCUCGUCUCUUUAGACUAUCUUGCUAUGGAUGGGGUUAACCUUUCAUCGUUGAAAAAAUGGGUUGGUGCAUUAAAUCAACUUCCUUCUAUAGUUGAAUUGCAUCUAUCUCGCUGUAAAUUGUCUGGUGAUACUCUAUCUCCUGCAUCUCUAAAUUUCACUUCACUUUCUGUCGUAGAUCUCAGUUAUAAUAACUUCCAUUCAAAGAUACCUGAUUGGCUUCUGAAUGUAAGCAGCUUGCAGUAUAUUGAUAUGACUCAGAGUAGCCUACAUGGAAGAAUACCACUUGGUCUAGGCGAGAUGCCAUAUUUAUUGUUGUUGAUUUUAAAUGGCAAUUCAAAUCUUACAGGAAAUUGCUCACAACUCUUCAGGAAAGGAUGGGAAAAAAUAAAAAUUAUUAGGUUAAGAGCAAAUAAGGUAUAUGGAGAACUCCCUUCAUCUUUAGGAAACAUGACUUCUCUCAUGCUCCUUCAUCUUGACUCCAAUGCUAUUGAGGGUGGUAUUCCAAGAUCUAUUGGAAAACUUUCUUACUUGGUUGAUUUUUCUCUAUCAAGAAAUAAAAUGACAGGAAGUCUACCUAAAAUUCUUCAAGGAGAAAAAAGUUGUCCUUUUAGGAAUCCUCUUUCUAAUUUGAAAUAUUUGGAUUUGAGCAACAAUAAACUAGGUGGUAAAAUCCCACACUGGUUAGGUCAACUUGAAAAUCUUGUUGAACUUGAUCUUAGCCAUAAUUUGUUGAAAGGUCCCAUCCCUGCUUCAAUAGGGUUAUUGUCAAAUCUCUCUACGUUGAAACUUGGAAAUAAUGAACUCAAUGGGACUGUUCCUGAAAAUUUUGGACAACUUUCUAACUUGUUGUUGCUUGAUGUUUCUUCCAAUCAAUUGACAGGCACAAUCUCUGAAAUUCAUCUGUUAAAGAUGUCCAAAUUGACAUUUUUAGUCUUAUCAUCAAAUUCAUUCAUUGUAAAUGUCAAUAGCUCUAAUUGGAUGCCUCCAUUUCAAGUCCUUGGACUUGGAAUGAGUUCAUGUGUUUUGGGACCUUUAUUUCCAACUUGGCUCCAAUCACAAAAUGAGGUGAUCUUUUUAGACCUCUCAAAUGCUAGCAUUUCAGAUUCUAUACCAAAUUGGUUUUGGAAUUCCAUGCCUAACUUGGGAUUCUUGUCUCUUUCUCAUAAUAAUUUUUUUGGACAACUACCAGAGCUCACAGUAGAGAUGAGUCAUUUUCUUUACAGCAUUGAUCUUUCAAGCAACCGCUUCACAGGAAGGAUCCCUUCAAGCAUUGCCAACUGUCCAUCCUUGACAGUGCUAGAUCUUAGCAACAAUAAUUUGUACGGGGCUAUUCCAAACUCAUUAGGUCAGUUGCAAAAGCUUCAAGUAUUGCACCUAAAUGACAACCAACUCUCAGGCAAGUUGCCAUCAUCUUUGAUCAAAUUAUCCAAUUUGGUAACCAUGGAUCUUGGAAAUAAUAGACUUUCUGGUGUAAUUCCUACUUGGAUUGGAAACGGAUUUUCACAUCUUAUGAUUCUUAACUUAAGGCCCAAUUCAUUCUUUGGAGAAAUACCUUCUGAGCUCUCAAAACUUAGUUCACUGCAAGUUCUGGACCUUGCUGAGAAUGACUUGAGGGGCAACAUUCCAUCUAGCAUUGGUGAUCUUAAAGCUAUGGCUCAAGAAAAUAUCAAUGAAGAUUUUAAGUAUGUGGUUUAUCGAGAUGUGACCUAUCAUGAUAGGUUGGUUGUGAAGACAAAAGGUCAAUCGCUAACGUACACUGAGACUCUUCCGCUUGUCACUAGCAUAGACCUUUCUGGAAACAACUUGUCUGAAAGACUUCCCCAAGAAAUUACGAAGUUAUCUGGUUUAAUGUAUUUGAACCUGUCAAGAAACCACAUAACUGGGAACGUUCAUGGAAACGUAUCUGAUAUGCAUCAACUUCAAUCACUUGAUCUCUCAAGCAACCAACUUACUGGCACCAUUCCUCAGAGCUUGUCUUCCUUAUCAUUUUUGGCCUACUUGAAUUUGUCCUACAACAACCUUUCAGGUGUUAUCCCUUACAAGGGUCAAUUAACAACUUUUGAAGCAUCUUCAUUUGUUGGGAACCCUGGUCUCUAUGGUUGUCCUCUUCCUGUGAAGUGCCUACAUAAUAAUGACAAUCCUAGUGGUGGUUCUAACAAUGAUGGUGAUGGUGAUGGUGAUGAUGAUGGUGGGCUCAAUGAUAAGUGGUUUUACUUGAGUCUUGGUGUGGGGUUUGCAGCUGGGCUUUUGCUACCUUCUCUGAUAUUAGUGAUGAAGAGAAAUUGGAGUGAUGUUUACUUUGAUUUUGUGGAAGAUGUUAUUGUCAGAUUUCUUGUGUGGAUGCAUAAAAGACGACUCAAGAACCAUGGGCGUGAGAUCAAGCCUCAUCACAAAAAAUAG